AUGCCUAAUGAGAUUGAGGAUGUUAAGGACCCACUGAAGAGAUUGUCAGAGUCUCUAAAGAUAUUUAGUGUACAUAAGAAGGAGUGUAACAAGAAGAUCAAGGCAUUGUCCAAGUGCCACUCACUCGUCAGUGAUGUGGCCAAGUCUCAAUCACUCACAAGUGAUCUAGCCAAAUCUACAACAAAAUCAUCAUUGGACACACUCACCAAAGACAACUCAAACAUCAAGCUGGCACUCUACGGACCAACUCAUUCUGGAAAGUCAACAUUGAUCAAUACAAUGUUAGCAUAUCAGCUGAUGCCUUCGGGUGGCGGCCACACGAGUGGAAGGAUAUGCAUCUUGGCUCACUCACAUUUGAUUAGGAUCAGGUUCUUCACAAUCAUACCUGCAAAGCACAAGCAACCAAGCAUGCUAGAAUGUAUACACAGCCAGACAGUGACAAUCGAGUCGAAAGAGUUCAACUUGGAGACAAAGAAGGAGUUGCAGGCCUUGAUGAGGAAACACCUGGCGCGACCAGAGGGCAUCGAUAAAGACCCAGUCGCAUUCGAGGAGUGGGCCAGCAAGAUUGUGAGAGUCGAGUUCCCCUCAACACUGCUCGAGACUGGCUUGGAGAUCAUUGAUCUGCCAGGCUUCAGCGUGGCCGACGACUCGUCACUCUUCACCAUUCGCAAUAAGUUCUUCAAUGUCUGCCACCCCACUGGCGUCCUCUUCUGCUAUGCCAACGCCUUCUCGGACGCAGAGGUGAUGGCCGUGAAGGAUCUACACAAGUCAUUGCCUUCUAUCUGGACGCCGACCAAGGAGUUCAUUUUCUUUGUAAACACCAAGACUUCAAAGAGUGAGGUGGCACUCAACAACAGCAUUGACCCAAGCGAUGAGGUUCCACUCGAGUUGAUACACAGCCACACAAACGAAAGCUACGACAAGCUCAAGUCGUCUAGUCUCAAGGAUUCAUCGAUGUCCAUUGACGCACGUCGGUUCACUAUUGUCAACGCCACUGACUACCUCAGGCCAUCAAAGUCUGGAGAGAACAAGUACAUAUUCAAUCAGUUUGUCGAUCGAUUGAUCAGAUGGCUGGCCAGGCUUUACCAGCUGCAAGGCGAGCUGUUGCUCAAGUUCGUAGAGCUCGAGUGCCACUCAAUGUUCCUAAAGGUGGACACUCUUCAUCUGUACAUUGGCAAGGACAUGAAGCUUGAGGUUCUAUUCGAGACCACUGAUAUCUUGCUCGACAAACUUUAUCACGUACUACUUCACAAUGGUAUGAAGGAGGUGAUCGAGAGGAUACCAGAGGAUAUCAAGGUAGCUAUGACCGAGACAGCCAACUAUGAUCGCAUCCUAGAGAUUGAACAGACGAUCGACAAGGUCAGCAUCGUCAAUGACAAGUCACAAAAAUUCAAGAUGGCCAUGCGACAGUUCUUUGAGGAUGUGAUGGAGAAGUUGAUCAAACAGGUAGGCGAGCGUGUCUCCAAUGUGGUGGACACAGCCACCAACUCAUUGCUGUUGGGCCACGAUCAAGACUUCUCGGUCAAGCUGAUCAAGGACACACUCGAUCAAAUUGAAUGGUACUACUCGGCACCAUUCAAAUCGAUCCUGUCCAAGGCCUUCAUGGGCAUCAUCAGCUCAAACAUAUACAAAAGCUACAUUCGCCACUUCAAGGUCCCAGUGCUCCUGCGAGACCUCAAGGGCCAGGUGGCCAAGUAUCCCAAGCCGUCACUCGUAGUCAAGCUGGCUGAACAAGUGAACAGUGACAUGUCCGAUCAGAUAGAAAUGGUCAAGAACAUACGCAACACUGUAUACACUCGACUGCGACAGCGGUUGACCAUUUCCUCAGACUCUCUUCAUAACAUUGACAACACAAAGGAACAGUACCGAUCACUUUAUUAUGAUACAUUGGCUAGCACAACCAGGUUACACUUCCCAUUCGACAGCAUUGAAGUGGAUCGCUCCAAAGUCAUGGGAUACAGCGACCUCGGCCCAGUGUACAAUGGUACAUUCCGCGACCAAUCAUUCUAUGUCCAAGUCAUACAGCCCACUCUGGACGUCCAACAAAACUUGUCCAAGGUAACAUGGUUCCUUCAACUUGGCAAGGGUGCCAACACCGAAGUCCCAAUGUUGCCACUACUCGCUGUCUUCCACGAGGAUGGCGAUGGAGCCAAUUCGAACCGGUUGUUAGUGUAUAAGAAGUGUGAACCAUUGAAGCCCUACCUCAUGAAGAACAUAUCAAAGUUGACAUUGGUCCAAUCAUUGGCGAUGAUCACUCGUCUGGUCAAAGCAUUGGAAUUCCUGCACAGUGGCGUUUUCGUCUUUAGAUUCAUCAUCCAUGAGUUUUUCAGUCUGGAAUUCAUGUACAUAGACACUGAGACAAACGACAUCUACCUAUCAAUGUUUGGUAAUCAUUGUGAGCAGUUAGUGAAUGGUGACCCAACGAAGCUGUCAAAGUCAACAGACUUGGAGGAUCUGGGUAUUGUAAUAUUAGAGUUGUUGCCAAAGGAGAACCUGCAGAGAUACAAGGUCGGUGAGGUGCAUUGUAAGGAGAUGGGCAUGCGUGAUAUCAAGGACAACAUGAUGAUACCAACAUUGUUAAGAGAGCCAUUGAUAGAGUUGAUCAUACUAUGUUUCAACCAUGACAUGACGAUCAAAGACGUCUUCUCCAAACUUGAAGACAUUAACAAACUUAUAUCAGAAUGGACAACAAGUAUCAAUAAAACUUAG